UAAUGCAAUCAGUUAUUACUGUAAAAGUUGAUGAAUAAUAGAUUCGGGCUUUUCGUCUAAUCAUGCUCCGUUUCAAUUCGUUAUUCGUUCCUUUACUCUUAUUGGCAGUAGCACGCACGCCAUUUUCGCCGAUUUUUUCCUGUCUAAAGGUUUGUCGACCCAAAGCAAAAAGCUUUUUUUUUAAAUAUUGCGUUAUCCGAUACGCAUUCCUUGAUAGCCCGGCCGCUCGAUGACCCAUGUACAAAACUGAUGAUUGGCGAAAUGCGAAACAGUUUUGUUUCCACUGUAAUGAAAACAACGGCAUCCCGCCCUUGGGUGGAUGUAUUCCAUUUUACCGCGGUUGAACAGAAUUUCCAGAACAUCUAAUGGCAGCAAGAUAUGCUUCGUAAAUCGCUACCGGAAGUUCACGAAAGCAGUUGGUAAAGCCGGAAUGGUGAUUCAUUGGUAGUGUAAAAUGCUUCUUCAUCAUCUAAAAGUGCGCUAAUUCGAUGGCAACAGUGACUUUUUAACACAGUAUAUUCUUUAAGUCAGUGACUGUCCGGGUUCCAAGGCGUUCCUGAAUUCAUUACUACAGAUAUAAUGUUCUGAUAGUUUCUGUAUUGGAUUGAUACUUUCCCCGUAUUAUCAUCCCCCAUAACCGCAUACAGUAUUGUAUAAUAUAAACCAAAGGAAGGUGGUAAGAUGAUCUUUGGUCUCGGUGUUUUGAUAUGGAUCACUUCGGUGUGGCAGGUGAACUGUCAAUACAGAUCCCGUCAGAAUAAUUAUAACAACAAUUUAUAUCGGUCACCUGAAUACGAUGAGCGGGACUCGUUCUCGCUUGACCCGCGGAGUUACCGCUACAGUAACCGCUCCAGUGGGGUUUAUGGCGAUCGCGACGGUCGAAGUUAUUCGUCAUACCGCAAAUCAUCCACCUAUUUAACCACCUACACCAGCAACAACUGCCCCAUCAACCUGGAAUGCCCGGAACUACCCUACAUCCCACCCUGUCCCGAACAGCCCGCCACGCCCGCCUGCCCCGUUCCGCCGGCCUGUCCAGAGGUCACCUGCCCCAACUGUCCAGCCUGUCCCAAGUGCAUAUGUCCAGCGUGCCCGGCAUGUCCGAAAUGCAAUUGCGAUGGAGAUUAUAAGGAUGAUGUUGGCGACAUGUUGUGCGCUGUGUGGAGUCCAUUGAUUCUGUCAAAAUUUUGCUGGCACCACUGGGGAGGCGGAGGCUGCACUAUGGCCGAAGACGGCCUGACGCGUAGCUGUUCAACCACCUUUGGUAAAAUCGGACAGGAUACCUUGAGCAGUCAAGCUGCAGUCGCAUCUCCGCUGGCAGGAGCUGCACAAGGAUCCCCCAUUUUAGCCUUAGCAAACAGCCUCUCUACAAACGGCGGGAGUGGUCCUAAUCUAUCUGGUUUACUGCAGAAAUUAGGAGGAACCACAAGUGCAAACCUGCAAAGUUUGCUAGGAUCAUCCUCAUCUGCAACAUCCUUGUUAAACGCUCUGGGGGGUACUCGCUCGAUUCUCCCCUCAGCGCAGGGCAGGACUGCCGGUUUUCUCACUGGAGCUAAACCAAGUCCACGGAAAAAAUUCUUCUGGCAGGCCACUGCUGGUCAAGCAUGCCCUAACGGGUUCGCGGUGUUUAGCGGUAAAACGUUCUGCCUGGGUGACUCCGCGCAAGAGGCUCCCGGAGCCACGUCCACCGCACAAGCUACAAAUUCCACGGAUUCCGGCACGGGAAUCGGCCAGUAACGGGAGUUGCUGGAGUGACCAAUGGGGCUGCCGCAAAAUGAAUGUUGUCCUCUCGAGUCUCGACUACAGUAGACAAUUGUUUAUAUUACAUAUUAUAUCGGAUACCCCGCAAACUAGCUCUCAUAUUUUCGCUUUCGAAUAAUUUAUGUUUACACUCUUUUAUCAUGUCCCUUUAGUUUCCGCCGUAAUGCCGAUGGGUUCUAUCAAGAAUCUUAUUAUUGUUGUACAGCAUAUCUGGAGUAUUUAUUUCUGUUGCGGGUGCCCUAUUGCGCCAUUAACUCAGUUAUUUUGUAUUUGGAAAAGUGCUGAUUUGGAUGCUGUUUGCUGACUGCUUAGGCAAAAACUGCGACCAUUGCUCAAUGCACAUACUGAACUAAAGACGGUCUAAACUGUACUUUCUUUUCUGGAAUUACUGAUCAGUGGCUGCUGACAGACAUUUAAGACUCAUUUUUUCACAUCAUAAUCAAAAAGGUC